GUGAAGUCAUAAGACUACGCCGCGAUACUGCAUCUGUUGUGAUUCUGCUGAAGAAAGAGUCUCCAAACACAGUGGAACUCCUGGUGAAACAACUGAGAUCCACGUGACGCACUGUUAUAAAGAUGGCAUUUAUUAAAGAGGAGAGUGAAGAAAUGAGGAUUGAAGAAACAUUCAGUGUGAAACAAGAAGAUACUGAGGGACAAACAGGUUAGUUUCAUUCUCAAAGCUGAACACAGUCAUUUGAUCCUUAUUAAAAUGUUCAGCUCUACAGAAAUUAGUAUUUUUGAAGAAUGUCUUAUGAGUGUCCUAAUUAAAGUGGUUUUAUUUGACAUGGAGCGGGUCGCAGCAUGUGGACAGACAUGUUGAGAUCACAUGACCAGACAAAUACUAAUGCUGCCUUCAAUGCUGAUAUUAUAACACAGUUGCUGGAAUGCAUAACAUGAGAAAAGGUUCUCAUAAAGAAAUUAAAGGGGUAAAAAAAAAGGUGAAAUUUCUCAGUAUCAAUUAUAUUAUUGCUCUGAUUACUCUGAUACUCGUUUUCUCCUUUUCCAAUAUAGAUUGCAAGGAUUUCAGAUUACCUCAGGAGGACUCAAAUGACCUGAUGGUGCUGAAAGAGGAGAGUGAAGUACUGAAUGAAAUGGAAGAGAAAGAACAUGAUUUCAUACCUGGAGAAAAGACUUCCUCACAAAAAAGAGCUCAAAAGACAGAAACCCUUAAUUCCCAAUUGGGAGCUCACUCAAGAGAGAACUGUUUUAUUUGUCAUCAGUGUGGAAUGAUUUUCACUGACAUGACACUCUUUAACAAGCAUAUAAUAAUUCAUUCUGGAGAGAAGCCUUUCAAAUGCAAGCAGUGUGAAAAGAGUUUCCGAUUCAAUAAAUACCUUAAGAUUCAUAUGAGAAUGCACACUGUAGAGAAGCCUUUCACAUGCUCUCAAUGUGAAAAGGGUUUCUGUCAUAAAGUAAGUCUCAAGAAUCAUAUGAGACUUCACACUGGAGAGAAGCCUUUCACGUGCCCUCAAUGUGGAAAGAAUUUCACAUAUAGACCAACUCUUAAUGCCCACAUGAAAAGUCACACUGGUGAGAGCCCUUACACCUGCAAACUCUGUGGGAAGAGCUUCUCACAAAAAGGAAAUCUUAAGUAUCACAUGAGAAUUCACACUGGAGAGAAACCUUUCACUUGCCAUCGCUGUGGAAAGAGUUUCAGACAUAAAGUAAGCAUCAAGUCUCACAUGAGAAUUCACACCGGAGAGAAGCCUUUCAAAUGCACUCAGUGCGAAAUGAAUUUUACAUAUAAAGAAUCCCUUGAUGUCCACUUGAUAAGUCACACUGGAGAAAGCCCUUACACCUGCAAACUGUGUGGGAAGAGCUUUUCACAAAAAGGAAAUCUUAAGUAUCACAUGAGAAUUCACACUGGAGAGAAGCCUUUCACAUGUGAUCAGUGUGGAAAGAGUUUUAGACAUAAAGUGACCCUUAAUAAGCACAUAAAGAUUCACUCAAGAGAGAACUCUUUUAAAUGUAAUCAGUGUGGAAGUAGUUUCACAGAUAGAAAUCACCUUAAGAAGCAUGUAAUAACUCACAUCGGAGAGAAGCCUUUCAUGUGCCAUCAAUGUGGAAAGAGUUUCACACUUAAAGGAAACCUUAAGACUCACAUGAGAGUUCACACUGGAGAGAAGCCUUUCACCUGCCCUCAGUGUGGAAAGAGUUUCAGAUUUAAAGGAAAUCUUGACACUCACAUGAAACUACACACUGAAGAGAGGCGUUUCACAUGUCUUCAGUGUAAGAAGUGUUUCAAAUAUCAAAAAGACCUGAGACAUCAUUUGCAAACUCAUUCUGAAAAGAAACUGCAUUGUGGCAAGAAGUCUAGAAAACAUAGCAUUUUUAAAAAUCACCCAAGCAUUCACUCUGGAAAAAGGCGAUUUAAUUGUGAUAAAUGUAACAAAAAAUUUCUUUUGCCAUCACACUUACAGAUACACCUGAAAAGUCAUGCAGAUGUCAGACCCUAUUUGUGUUCUUUGUGUGGAAAGAGAUUUAAAUGGCUCAGAAGUUUAAAAUGGCACCAGAAAAUACGUAUCUGUGUGAAAUCUAGGCUACUUUCACACCACAGCUGAAUGUGGCCCAGAUCUGAUUUUCUGCUCAAAUUUAACAUGUACAUUUUACAUGUAAAUUGAAUUGCAAAAUUUAGGAAACGGAUAAAAAUAACUUUUAGAAUCUGAAUAUUGAAUUAAUUUGGAUAGAUGAUAUUAUGUGCAUGUUACUAUAUCAAAUACAAAUGAAAAAUUAUAAAUAAAGGAACAUUAACUGAAUGAAACCAUGAA